AUGAGAGCCUUCAUCUUCAUCCUCGAGCAUCAUUUCUCUCUUGAUGUUUGGGAUCCUUUCAAGGACUUCCCUUUCCCUUCUUCACUCACGACUCGUUCUCCUGAAACCUCUACUUUUGUAAACACCCGCAUCGACUGGAAUGAGACCCCAGAAGCUCACGUCUUUAAGGCUGAUCUUCCUGGGUUUAAGAAAGAGGAAGUGAAAGUUGAGGUCGAAGAUGACAGGGUGCUUCAAAUCAGCGGCGAGAGGAAGAUAGAAAAGGAAGACAAGAAUAAUACGUGGCACCGUGUGGAGUUGAGCAGUGGGAAGUUUUCGAGAAGGUUUAGGUUACCGGAGAAUGUGAAGAUGGAUCAAGUUAAGGCUUCCAUGGAGAAUGGGGUUCUUAUUGUUACUGUUCCUAAGGUGGAAGUGAAGAAACCUGAUGUAAAAACCAUUGACAUUUCUGGUUAAAA